AUGAUAAUUAAGGUCAACUCGGCUCAAACUUUGGAGAAUGAAGAUUCCAAACAGAAUCAAAAUGGAAAUGCGUGCAAACAUGAGAAAAGUGUAAGAAUAUACGCCGACGGAAUAUACGACCUUCUACACUUAGGUCACAUGCGGCAAUUAAAGCAAGCCAAGCAAAUGGAAAAGGAUGUAACGCUCAUUGUAGGGGUUUGCAGUGAUAUAGACACUAGAAAAUUUAAAGGACAAAUUGUGCAAACGUUAGAAGAGAGAACAGAAACCUUGAAACACAUUCGUUGGGUUGAUGAAAUAAUAUCUCCUUGUCCAUGGGUGAUAACUCCUGAAUUUAUGGAAAAGCACAAAAUUGAUUUUGUCGCUCAUGAUGAUAUUCCUUAUGCUAAUAAUCAAAAAAAAAAAAAAAAAAAAAAAAGUAAAUCGAAUAGUAUUGAUGAACCUAAUGACGAUAUAUAUGCUUGGUUAAAAAAGGCUGGAAAGUUUAGAGCAACGAAACGGACGGAAGGAGUGUCCACGACAGAUUUGAUCGUAAGAAUUUUAAAAAAUUAUGAAGAUUAUAUUGAACGAUCGUUACAAAGGGGUAUUCACCCUAAUGAACUAAACAUUGGAGUUACAAAGGCACAGUCAAUUAAAAUGAAAAAGAACUUAAUAAGAUGGGGAGAAAAAGUUACAGAUGAAUUGACUAAAGUCACAUUGACCGAUAAACCACUUGGCACCGACUUUGAUCAGGGAAUAGAUAUAAUAAGAGAUAAGGUGCAUGGAUUAUUUAAAUUGUGGAGACAGCAUUCCAAAAAACUUCUAAAGGAUUUUGCAAAAUCAUUUGAUCCCAUGUUUAUAAUUAUUCGAAAGAAAAGUAAAAAAGACAACCUCUCGGGGAUGUACUUGUCCGACUCCAACUUCUUCCUAAGGACUGUAAAAGAGGAUUUAAAAAAAAGAAAAAGUUUAAGUAACACUAUAAAUAAUAUUGAUGAAUACUACUAUUCAGCUGAUGAGGAUGAUGAUAAUAGCAGGGUAACGAAACUUAUUGGUGUAAUUAGCAAAGUUGCUAAUGAGUCUCAUAACAACGAUAUGGAUAAUUAUGAAACGUGUUUUGAGUUAGAGGCUUGUUUGAAGGAUCGGCACAGGUGGGGAGGCCCCAUUGGGGGCAACGCCAAAAGUAAAUACACACGGGAUGACAACGCAAAGUUGGGCCCAGACGAACUGCUAUCAUUUUCCAGUGAAGCGCAAGUAAAGAAAGGUUCUCAGUCGAAUCAUUCCAAUGGAAGCCAAAAUGAACAAGUAAUGAAUGCAAGCAGUGUAAACAGAAAGAGCGACUGUAAUUUGUACAAUAAGACUACAUACCAUGAUAUAAUUGAUGAAGAGGAUUUUGCUAUGGGGGCAAUAGCCCACAAAGGUGUGGUGAGAAAAAAUUCAAACGAGAUGAGCUCUUGCAGAGAACACAAGAGCAGCAGUUACGAUAAGGACGAAUAUAACAGCUGUUCAGAUCAUCAGUAUGGAGAUAGCAAAUGUAGUUACAUGAAAAUAAAAAGGAGGAAUAACUGCACUAAAAAUAAAUUAUCAAAUGUAGGCAAAAUGGAAGAUUUUCCAGAGGAGAGUCAUUUUACUUGCAGUGAAGGAGGAGGUAGCCAUAGUAGUAGUAGUAGUUAUAGCAGUGCCAAUGGUGGAAUGGGGCAUACGCCAGAGAGCAGUGACGCUUCGGAGUGUCCCAAAAGGAACGACAAACAAAACGAUGCUACCGAGAAGGGAAAUGGUCAAGGCGAUGAUGCACAGGGGGUGAACACAUCCAAUCAGGAGAAAACAAGCGAAUCUAACAAAGAGGACAAUGUACUUAAGGGUAUUCCAAAGGAGAAGAAAAAAAUUGUAAUUUAUGCAGAUGGAGUGUAUGACAUGCUCCACCUGGGACACAUGAAGCAAUUGGAACAAGCAAAGAAGAUGUUCGAAAAUACAGUACUUAUAGUAGGUGUGACUAGCGACAAUGAGACGAAACUUUUCAAAGGACAGAUUGUGCAAACAUUGGAAGAAAGGACCGAAACGUUGAGGCACGUCCGAUGGGUUGAUGAAAUAAUAUCUCCUUGUCCAUGGGUGAUAACUCCUGAAUUUAUGGAAAAGCACAAAAUUGAUUUUGUCGCUCAUGAUGAUAUUCCUUAUGCUAAUAAUCAAAAAAAAAAAAAAAAAAAAAAAAGUAAAUCAAAUAGUAUUGAUGAACCUAAUGAUGAUAUAUAUGCUUGGUUAAAAAGGGCUGGAAAGUUUAGAGCAACGAAACGGACGGAAGGAGUGUCCACGACAGAUUUGAUAGUAAGAAUUUUAAAAAAUUAUGAAGAUUAUAUUGAACGAUCGUUACAAAGGGGUAUCCACCCUAAUGAACUAAACAUUGGAGUUACAAAAGCACAGUCAAUUAAAAUGAAAAAGAACUUAAUAAGAUGGGGAGAAAAAGUUACAGAUGAAUUGACUAAAGUCACCUUGACAGAUAAACCACUUGGCACCGACUUUGAUCAAGGAAUAGAGAACCUCCAAAUAAAAUUUAAAGAAUUAUUUAAAAUAUGGAAAAAUGCAUCUAACAAAUUAAUCAAUGAUUUUACAAGCAAACUUGACACAACAUCGUAUUUGUCUUCUCUCCAAAACUUCGUCGACAAUGAAUACGAGUUUUACGACUCUGCUAGUAGCGUCUGCGACGAAGAAACCAACAGUUAA